CCCCCCCCGCGCGUAGUCACGUGACGCGCGGCGGCUCCGGGGCCUGACGCGGCCGGUACCGGUCGGUGCGAACGGAGAUGCCUGUGGGUCCUGGAGCUCUGUUGGCACAACCGGAUCCUGCCCCACAUGGGAUCACCAGUGUCCUUCGUGCUGUCCAGGAUGUCCACGUGCGCUGGUACCACCAAGAACCGCCUGACGGUUCCCAAGCGGGUCUGGGACUUCCUGACCCGCGAACACUCGAUCCGGUUGUUGCGGCUGACGGAGGAGACCGGAGUGAACCUUGUGGUUGACGCCGAGACCCCCGACGCGUAUGUGCUGCAGCUGCUGCUGCCCCCGCACACCCCCCCCGGCCGCCUGUACCCUGUGCGCAAGGCGCUCAAGGUGUUGGUGAAGGACACGGAGAAGGAGCUCAAGAAGAGGCGUCAGUCGGACGCGCUUGUGUGUGUCACCGUCACCAAGCCCCAUAGCGGUACCGGCAUUGAGCCCCAUAGCGCACCACCGCCAAGCCCCAUAGCGCUACCACUGAGCCCCAUAGCACCACCGCCAAACCCCAUAGCGCUACCACCAAACCCCAUAGCAUCACCCCCCCCCAGCCCCACACCCCCACCCCCGACCCCCACACCAUAUGGGGCACCCGCGGAGGACCCCGAGCGCCAAUGCCCCAUAUGCCUGGGUGAGAUCCGGGAGCCGCGGACGCUGGAGCGCUGCCGACACUCGUUCUGCUCCGGGUGUAUCGCGCGGGCGCUGGAGGUGCGAACAGCCUGUCCCGUCUGCGGCCGCUUCUAUGGGGUGUUGGUGGGGAACCAACCCCCGGACGGGCGCAUGAUGGUGACCAGGGAUGGGAUGAGGCCGUUGCCUGGAUACGAGGGGUGUGGGACCAUCGUCAUCCAGUAUGUGUUCCCGCCUGGAGUGCAGGGGGAGGAACACCCCAACCCCGGUGUGCGGUACCCGGGUACCACCCGCGUGGCCUAUCUGCCCGACUGUCCCGAGGGCAACAAGGUCCUGGGGCUGUUCCGAAAGGCCUUCGCCCAGCGACUGACGUUCACAGUCGGAACCUCCAUGACAACCGGCAGAGCCAAUGUCAUCACCUGGAAUGACAUACACCAUAAGACCAGCUGCACAGGCGGACCGCAGCUGUUCGGGUACCCUGACCCCACAUACCUGACACGGGUGCAGGAGGAGCUGAGGGCAAAGGGCAUCACCGAGGACUGAGGGGGGGGCAAUGGGGACCCCCCCCCAUAUAAUGGGGACCCCC